AUGUUUCGACGGUGUUCCUUCCUGCUCUGGCUUCUCCAAGCUUUCUUGCUGCUUAUCCUGUUUGAGUUAUCCGUACCACAGUCUGUUAAUGUUACACAAGCGCCAAAAACACCAACAGAGGAAGGUUAGUACCUGGGCUAUACUCCGCUAUAUAGUUAACCAUGAAUGGUCGGUGCCAGUGUGCGGGUAGAGAGUAGAGACGAUAUGAUAACUGUGGAUAGCGAGAGAUACAACUACAAGUUGAUCUUUGAGACUUUGACGUUUUGAGUGAAGGAUCUUCGUCCCUCCUAUAGCUGAUCGUGACUAUGUAGUUUUGAGAAUCAUUUGUACUUUCCGUGAUUUUCUCAUGAAAGUAGAGUUGCAUGUAGCUUUGGGGCAUUGAUGUUCCGUACUGGGAAGCAAAAAUCACUGAAGAAUUGAGGAGAAAGCAUGCAGAAAACGUUUCACGAGAUGUUUAAAUGAUUUUAUUUGGCAACUCAAUAGUGGCACGGUCUUGAAUACCAGUAAUAGUAAUAGUAAUAAUUACUGUCUUUAGUAAUAGUAAGUGGGAUAAUAACAACGGUGCCAUCGACAACAGUAAAAAACAACAGCGUCAAAAAAACACCAUCCACAACAACACCAACAGCAAGAACAAUGACAACGAUAAGUACAACAACGACAGCGACAGAAGCAACAACGACAACAACAACAAUAGUAACGACAACAGCAGCAGCAGCAACAACGACAACAACAACAGCAACAACGACAACAACAACAACAGCAGCAACAACGACAGCAGCAACAGCGACAACGACAGCCGCAACAAAGACAACAGCAGCAACAACAACAACGGUAACAAAAGCAGCAGCAGCAACAACAACAGCAGCAGCAACGACAACGACAACAACAGUAUGUCAGUGACAAAAACGAGAACAAGGACACUAAUAACAAUAACAACAUACAGUAUAACAACAACAACAAUAACUGCGACCAAAAGAAGAAUAACGAAACAGUAGUAAUAGUAACAGCAACAUUAUAACAUUGUAUUCAAUAUUAAGCAUAACCACCUUUCGUAAAAUUUCAAAGAUAUAUGUAAUCUUUUAAUCGUUAUAGUACAAUAACUGAUAUCUCCAUGGUCCUCUUUCUCGUAAAAAUAAACAACAGAGUUUCCAAUAUUAAUUUCAAUACUGAUCAUUGAUGAACACACUUCUCAUACUUUCAGACCUCAGAAAAAAAGUGGAUAGCACCGUAGUAUAUAUCAUUGUCAGCAUUACCCUCGUGUUUGUGAUCACAAUCACCAUCGUAACUGUAGUAUCUUUGUGGCAGACAAGACAUCCUCCACAUUCCGAACGUCGUACUAGUCUUAAGGUGACAGAUAUUCGUGCGGAG